AUGGCAAUAAUUUCAGUUUAUUAUGUGGAUCUCACAAAUUGUGGUAAGUAAUAUCAUAUUAGAUUAUGGAUUUCAUGUUUACAAAUAUUAAAAAUCAAUGCUUAUUUAAUGCAUGGUGGAUGCUAAAUUUCGUUAUCCUUUCUAAAAAUGAAAAAAACAACAACUUAAAUAGCAUAAUAAAGCUAUCAUUGCUCAUGUUGGAUUAUCCCGAAAAUAAGUAAACAAAAGUGUAUACUUGUGUUGUUAUCGUAAAUAUAAAAAAAUAUAUAUGCAACUAUAUAUAUUAAAUGUAUAUUUUGUUAACUUAUUUUUUUUCAUUAAAAAAAACAACAGAUAAACAUAUCAAUAUAAGCUCCUGUGAAGCAGCUGAAGAACAUAACAAUUACACAGCAGUUUUUAGAACGCUCUACUCUAAUGAUGUGUUUAAAGUCAGUUACAUUAAUACUAUACAAAUAUGUAAGAAUAUGACGUGCAAUAACAUCAAUAAUGAUAUCUUCAACACUGCUGUAAAUAGUUCACAUAUUGUACUGAUUUACAAUGUUACCAGAGCUGAUGACUACAAGGGCGUCACCAUUACCAAUUUCAAUUAUGCUUUUCAAGUAUCUCAAGCAAUGUGCAAAUUAAGGACAUUCGGUACAAUUGUUUUUUUUUAA